GGAUGGAGGAGAGACAGCAGUGAGGAGGAGGAGGAGGAAGAGGUGGAGUCUGGCCCAGCUCCCCUCUGUGACACCCUGGGCCAAACCUCUCACUCACUGUCCGCCUGUUCACCGACUAGCACACACACACACACACACACACACUCACCCACCCAUAGGGCCGGGACACGGAAUGGAUACGGAAGGGAGCCAGAGCAGCCUGUCCACUACGGACUCCCCUCACGACCCCUGCAAAAUGUUCAUAGGUGGACUCAGCUGGCAAACCACGCAAGAGGGUCUGAAAGAUUACUUCUGCAAGUACGGCGAGGUGAAGGAGUGUAUGGUGAUGCGAGAUCCGGUUACUAAGCGCUCGAGAGGCUUCGGAUUUGUCACCUUUGUGGACCAGGCAGGCGUGGAUAAAGUUUUGGCCCAAACCCGGCAUGAGUUGGACUCCAAAACAAUUGAUCCCAAGGUGGCAUUCCCUCGCAGGGCUCAACCCAAGUUAGUGACUCGCACCAAGAAGAUCUUUGUGGGAGGUCUGUCAGUCAACACCACCAUCGAAGAUGUCAAGCAAUACUUCGACCAGUUUGGGAAGGUAGACGACGCCAUGCUCAUGUUCGACAAGACCACCAACAGACAUCGAGGGUUCGGCUUUGUGACCUUUGAGAACGAGGACGUGGUGGAGAAGGUCUGCGAGAUCCAUUUCCACGAGAUCAACAACAAAAUGGUGGAAUGCAAGAAAGCCCAACCCAAGGAGGUGAUGUCCCCCACCGGCUCAGCCAGGGGGCGCUCUCGGGUGAUGCCCUAUGGAAUGGAUGCGUUCAUGCUGGGGAUCGGUAUGCUGGGUUAUCCCAGCUUCCAGACCGCCACCUACACCAGUCGGAGCUACGCAGGCAUCACCCCCGGAUAUACCUACCAGUUUCCUGAGUUCCACUUAGAGAGGACCCCCCUUCUGACUUCACCUCACCCCCCUGAACUCACAGCCAUUCCCCUCACGGCGUACGGACCAAUGGCGGCCGCAGCCGCCGCAGCAGCCGUCGUCAGAGGCUCCACCCCAGGUCGCACAGCUGGCUUCUUGGGAACCAGCAGUCCAGGUCCCAUGGCAGACCUUUAUGGAACAGCUGCCCAGGAGUCAGCGGUCAGCAGCUACCUGAGUGCUGCAAGUCCUGCACCCAGCGCUGGAUUCAGUCACAGUCUCGGGGGGCCGCUGAUCGCCACGGCCUUCACUAACGGCUACCACUGAGCACGUGAGGGAAUCUUCUGCUUUUUUUUUUUAUAGCGGAAAGAGCCAGUUUAAUAUCACGUGUAGACUAAUGUAUCUUGUUUGUGUGUCAGUGCAGAUGUGUUGAAGUGUGACGCAGAUGUGUUGAAGUGUGAUGCAGAUGUGUUGAAGUGUGAUGCAGAUGUGUUGAAGUGUGAUGCAGAGCUGCAGGGAGUUGAAGCUGUUUUGCAGCUGAUCUAGUCUGGCUCUGUCCACCUGCUUCUCAACUUGUUACACACACACACACACACACUGACAUCAACCUCACCUCAGUAAAAUCUCCCUUUAAAAAAAAAAGGCAUAUUUUUUUGUGUAAAAGCCAGCAAAAAAAAAGAAAACACAAACACACAUGCUGUCAUUUUAUUGUGUUAUUCUGAUCCCGUUCUGUUUGCCGUUUUGAGCGACGAUGGCUGCAUUCUUGGCGACCAGCUUAGCUGACCUCUGACCCCAACUCCUCUCCUAAAGAGCUGUCAAUCAGGAGAGAUCCACCUGGGGGGGAAAAAACUGUUCAUAAUGAAUUUUAACACAUGUUUUGUGAUCAAUUCUGUUUCUUGAAAAUGUGUCACAAAGUGUAUCUUUUGGUGGGUUUUUUUUUU